CAUUCUAACCACCAUCUUGUUUAACGUCACCUCUAUACGUUUACAAGGAAAGAAGCCGACGGUCGCAAGUAAAUAAAACUGGAGGGGAAAAUGAAAUCUCUUCUUAUCAUGGGGGUGAGCUUCGUGCUCACAUCGGCUGUUAUUGGAAAUGCAUUUUAUCAGAAGAAACAGUUUUAUCCUUCCGUGGUUUACAUAACAAAAUCGAAUCCAUCAAUGGCAGUAAUCUAUAUACAAGCACUAGUUUUUGUGUUGUUGAUGGGGAAAGUGUUGAUAGCAUUGUUCUUUGGGCAGUUAAGAGCAGCAGAAAUGGAGCAUCUUAUUGAGCGUUCUUGGUAUGCAGUGACAGAAACAUGCUUGGCAUUCACAGUUUUCAGAGAUGAUUUCAGCCCACGCUUUGUUGCGCUAUUCACUCUGCUAUUGUUUCUUAAGUGCUUCCAUUGGUUAGCAGAAGACCGAAUAGACUAUAUGGAAAGAAGUCCAGCAAUAUCCUGGUUAUUUCACAUUCGAGCAUUAUCUCUCAUGUUUGUUCUGGGUUUGUUGGAUAUUCUCUUUGUGAGACAUGCAUUUUAUUCAACUUUAUUGAAAGGACCUUCUGUACAACUGGUCUUUGGGUUCGAGUAUGAAAUCCUUUUUACUGUUGUGCUUAUGACAUUUAUCAAGUAUAUUUUGCACUCAAUUGAUUUACAAAGUCAGAAUCCUUGGGAUAAUAAAGCUGUUUACCUCCUCUAUUCUGAACUUGUAAUGGGUUUUAUUCGUGUGAUACUGUAUAUAGCUUUUGUCUUCAUUAUGAUUAAAGUUCAUACAUUCCCAUUAUUUGCAAUUCGCCCAAUGUACUUAACUGUAAGAGCUUUCCAGAAGGCAGCUCAAGAUGUGAUACUUUCAAGGAGAGCUAUCAGGAAUAUGAAUACAUUGUACCCUGAUGCUACACCAGAGGAGUUGAGUUCAGGUGACAAUGUUUGUAUCAUCUGCCGUGAAGAAAUGACCAGCGGAUGCAAAAAGCUGCCCUGCAAUCAUAUCUUCCACACCAGCUGCCUUCGCUCAUGGUUUCAGCGCCAACAGACGUGCCCCACUUGCAGACUUGAGGUUCUGCGCAUGCCUCGAGCAACAGCAGCUGCUGCAGCACAACCUCCACAACAGCAACCACCUGCUCAACCACAGCCACAGCCUGCUGAUCAAAUACUUAACCCUUUUCAGAACAUGCCAGGCAUGUUUGGUGGUUUUCCCCUCCAAUGGCCACCAAAUGUUGGAGGUCAAGGUGUUGCCCCUCCUUUCAUGUGGCCACCCCAGCAGCAGCCUCAGGUACCUGCUGCAGAACAACCCCAAGCAGCUGCUGCCAACCAGGCAACCUCUCAGCCAUCUGCUACCCCAUCACCAACAGCAGCAUCAGCAGCACCAAUGACAGGACCUUCAACAGUAUUACCACCUCCUCUGCUACCAGGCUUACCUCCUUUUAUUCCACCUAUGAUGCCUCCAAUGUUUUCUCCAUUCGGUUUCCCACCUCCUCCUAUGCCCAUGACUGGUCUCAGUGAGGAGGAAUUGAAAGCAAUGGAGGGAGUAGAAAAAUCCAACAUUGAGGCAAGAAUACAGUGGUUGAGAGACAUACAGUCUUUGUUAGAUGGGGCCAUGGUGCUCAUCAACCAAUACAAUACAGUUGCUAGUCAUAUGGGAGUGGCUGGAAUCCACACAUCACAGCUGUACCCUAGGCCAUCAACAGGGUCAGCCCAGCCCACCCCCAUAUCUACACAAGCUGACACCCAUGUCAACUGGUGGCCUGAGGGCUCAGGUGCUCGACCCAAGUACACAUCAACCUUCAGUAAAACUGAGACCACAGACUCCCUCAAAGACAGAACAAGUAGCUUUUCCUCACCUCAAGAGCCAGCUGGGGCAACUGGUGUUACAGACCCUUCUGAAGAAGCCAUUCCUCACUGGGACAAUCCAAGAGAUGAAGGGCAUGAAGAUGAAAUGCAUGAAGUUCGCAAGCGCAGACUUCAGCAUUUUUCCCAACAACUCAACACCAGCUACAGUAGUACCACGCUUGAUUCCAGUGAGCACAGUCCCAGUGCCACUGACACAAGCAGCGACUACAGUAACAAUCAAGUCAAGGGUGAGAAAAAGAGUGGAGAGAAACAUUAACUUGAGCGUCCAUUGUCACGUUGCUGCUUGAAUUGACAGUGGACAAAGAGGGACAUUAGAGGGAGCUUUGAGCCGCCUGUGAUUCUUGUUUUAUUAAUCAGAGACAACUGAAGCAAUUCUUUGGUGGAUCUAUUCACUUUUUAACCCAAUGCAUUGUCAGGAUACAUUUUGUUCUUGUGAAUGGCGUUUUCUUUUACAGUAAUAGGUACAAGUAUUUUUUCCUCACAUUUAGUUACUGUAAGAAUGUACUUCUGCGAAGCUCAACUUGGGUAGGAUGGGAUGUAUGGCUGAUCCAAGACUUUCCUUGUACAUAAACUACAUUUUGUUGAUGUUAACUAUUAUUGCUUUGGCCAUGUUAAAAGUCAUUUUGUUUCAUAUCAUUUUCAGGCAUAAUUGAAUUAUGAAACAAUGACCUUGAUCAGUUUUGCGAUCAAAUAUAAGUUUAAUGUCUGAGAUUUUUAAAAAGUUUUCAUUUGUGCUGUUUGUCACUGUAUGUAAUCCAUAUAAGUUCUAAAUAAAUUGAGCUUGUUUGGAUAUGAGUCAUAGCAUUCUUUAAAGCCAACAACCAUGUAUAUUUAGUGGAAGCUGAAAGGUAGUUCUGUACCCUUCUGUAUUCAGUGUUAAAUGUUGCCUACAUUUGAAUGUGUCUUGGAGAACAAAAGAGAAAAAAAUUGAGACCAAGUUGGAAAAGUCAGCUGUGAAUGACUGCAGGCUAAGUGACCUGGGCUGAUUGAUGAAGUCUAGAGGGUAGAGCUAAGGGGAAUAACUGGUGUGUGAGAAUACCUCAUCUCAUGUGGUGCUGCCUUUUACACAUUUUAUUAUAAAUAAAGGUAUGCAGUCUUAUGUAUUCUACUGUCUUUGUUUUGAUCUUAAUAAACUACCGUUAAAAUAAAUAAAUUUUAAAAUC